AUGUCUGACACGAACCCACCUCCCAACAGUGUCACCAUCUUGUAUGGAAGCGAAACAGGAAAUGCACAGGAUUUUGCCCACUACCUUGGCAGAAAGCUACGGUACUACUCCCUCAGACCAACGGUCUCUUCAUUAGACGAAUAUGACCCCAGAAAGCUCGUUACAGAGACCCGAUACUUGAUUGUUCUCUGCUCAACGACGGGCCAGGGCGAGUUUCCUAGAAACCUGCAGAAAUUCAUCAAGUUUCUUUUGCGGAAGCGCUUGCCAAAGGAUCUUUUGAACCAUGUCAAAUUUACAACGUUUGGCCUUGGUGACUCAUCAUACCCGAAAUUUAACUUUGCAAUCAAGAAAAUUCACACGAGACUUCUUCAAUUGGGAUGUACAGAACUCAGCGCUAGAUGCGAGAGUGACGAGAUGUCUCCCGAGGGCAUUGACGGCUACUUUGCCGAGUGGGUCGAGAAGUUGGUCCCUGCGCUCACCGGCCAGUUCCCAAGACUCUUUCAAAUAGAUGACCAUACACUUCUCCCUCCGGAAUACAAAAUUGACGUUUCUCCGGACUCGGCCGAUGUCGCCUCCGGCGAAGAUCUUGCAUUGACUCGCUCUCUGAAUCUACACAGAGGAAGAGUCCUUGAAAACCACAGAAUCACGGCGGCAGACCAUUUCCAGGACGUAAGACACAUUGUGAUCGAAUCAGACUCCGUUUUGCUGUAUUCUCCCGGUGACACCCUUGCAUUGUACCCUCCCAACGAUGACCGUAGUGUGGAGCUUUUGUUGCAACUGCAGCCACACUGGCUUGCUGUAGCCGAUAAACCCUUGAAAAUCUCCUCGGAUGUUGAAGUGGAGGGAGGCCUUAUAUCACAAGAGCACAUGACUCUUCGGAACCUCAUCAAGUACCAUUUGGAUGUGAGUUCCAUUCCUCGAAGAACAUUCUUCGGCCUUUUGUUCCACUUUGUUGAUGAUUCAACUGACGAUGGCAAGCGUGAAAAAGAAAAAUUGUACGACUUCAGUAAAUUGGAAGAAAGCGAGGACUUAUAUGAUUAUGCUAACAGGCCAAGACGACUGAUCUUGGAAACCAUAAUGGAGUUUGAGACCAAUCUUAAGAUCCCGGUCGAGUACAUUGUGGAUCUCAUUCCUCUUAUCAAGGUGCGCUUAUUUCUGAUUGCCUCCAAGCCCAGCCCGAACUCUGUAGAAAUCGCUGUUGCAAUUGUAGAAUACAAGACAAUGCUACGCAGAAUAAGACGGGGAUUGUGCACCAAGUGGCUAAAGCAGUUGCAACCUGGAACUCCAUUGGUCUUUUCCGUGCAUUUAUCAAACAUUUCUUUUGGGGACGACUUGCUGGAGAAACCACCAGUCCUAAUGAUAGCGCCCGGAACAGGCAUUGCACCUAUGAAGUCAUUAAUUGAAAAAGAGGCAGGCAAUCGCUCUUUGGUUUUAUUCCAGGGGUUCAGGGAGACACAAAAAGACUACUUGUUUCAGUCAGUGUGGGAGCCUUUAGUACAGCUGUCUACGUUACAAGUUUACAACGCUGUAUCAAGAGAAGCUGGAGCGAAACACAAAUACGUUCAAGAUCGCUUGUUCGCUGAGAAGGAUUUAGUGCGCUCACUCAUUGUUGAUGAAAAAGCAAUAGUGUUUGUUUGUGGGUCCAGUGGAAACAUGCCUCGACAAGUCAGGAUUACACUUGUAGAGAUCCUCAGAGGCAGUGUUACAGAUCCAGAACAAUACUUGCUAGACAUGGAAAAUGGCGGCCGCUACAUACAAGAGACAUGGUGA